CUUCUGACACCCGUAUUGUCUGUAUUCACUGAAUGAAUGCGUCACUGAAUCAGAUGCGCAAGCUGUUUGGGUCGAACCUCCCUCCAUAAAAAGCCAACCGGACUUUACCAAGCACCUUCCAACUCGUUAUCUCCACCCGCUAAACGCACGUACUCGAACAACAAAACCAAACUAUCACCAUGGCAGCUGAAGUGCAACACGCGCCCCGUAUGGACCGCCUGAGCAUAGAGGACUUCGAGACAGCUUCGAUCCGCUCUGCAGCGCCCUCAUAUGUCUCUGAAGCGCCCUCCUACCACUCAACCAUCCCCCAAAACGAACACGCACCCGCUUACACCCCGCGUCAAACCCCAAACAGCACGCCCCGAACCAGCACUCCGACUAUCUCCAAUUCCCCAGCCUCCCUGCUGCCGACUCUGCCUUCCGUAUCCACAACCUCGGCCUUCACCCCGGGCGCCGGUCUCCCGCGCAUCCCUUCCCCGCCGCGCCGCUUAGGCAUCUCCUCGUCGUCAUCUUCCUCUGCGUCAAUCCCCCAGCUCAGCGAGUUCCGCAACAUCCCCUCGUGGAGAAGCGCGCACACCAACAACCCGACGGCGCGACAUUACCAGAACGUAGCGCACCGACGGGCAACAGCGGCCAGCACUAGCAAGUCAACCGCACAAGUACAGGGGGCUAUGCGGGCUGUGCUGGGUCGACUCACUGAGGACGAGGAGCGCAAUCGGUUGCGGCCGCUUGAGGACCCUUAUUUGGUGGGCGAGGAGGCUGCUGCUCGGGCGAGGAGAGAGAGGUUGGCGAGGGAGAAUGGGGAUGGGAUUUUGAUAAGGGAAGACCGGAGGUGGGAUUGGUUCCUGGGUGAGUUUUUGGGCCCCAUUUCCACUACCCCUGACUCGUCUGGUUGUUACUUGGCAUACGUCUGGUGACAGCUUGGCGAUUUUCAUAUUAGUAAGGGUGGGAAACAAUCUUGUCUUAAGAGGAUCAAUUGCUAAGGAGCAUUGCUCAAAUGUAGCCCAGAUGAAGGACUGGGACGAGCGAGACCGUAGCU